GUCGCGUCGCGUCGAUACGAUCGAUGUAUUAACACACACGUCGCGCUAACGAUGAUGUUGAUAAUGACGAUGAUGGUCCGCCGCCUGCACUUGAACGCGUCUCGACUACUGGCUCCGUGUGAAGGGCCGUAUUUAUAGCCGUCGGCACUCGAGAUGGGUAGAGUGUCCCGGGAGUGUAUCGAAUAAUAUGCACACGCUCAUCAAGGACCUAAAUCGAGCUCCAUCCAACUAACACACAUAUCCUCGUCCUCGCAAUAAUAUUCCUUCCUCUUCCCCCGGCCCCGGGGAAAACUCGUCCAGCACAUAUGGAAUAUUCCGAACUCGAAUAUUGAAAUUUCGGAUUAUUCACGCGCGUUUCAUCCCUCUCUUUCUGUUUUCUACACUCUUGUACUCUACACUCUUGUACUCUUGUACUCUCUCUCUCUCUCUCUCUCUCUCACUUGGAAUAAUAAGGGCAUAUCCCAUUGAAGGAUUUUCUCAUCCGGUUGCUCCGUUUACAUCGCUUUACUUAUCAUCCGUACAAAUCAUUUCUACUCGCAAUCCCGCUAUAAAUACAGCCGCGAGAGAGAGAGAGAGAGAGAGAGAGAGAGAGAGAAAUGGACGCGUAGUAUGACGUGAGGUAGCUAAUCGGCGCUGCAACUCGAAAUUGAAGAUCAUCCUUUGAACAAGUCGACAAUACAUCCCUAAUCAGGCCGGAGCGUCAGUUGUUGGCAACGUGAAUGCCAUCAAUUACAGCGAUCAUCGAGGCGAGCUGGGGCUAGAAAUGGCCAUUCAGAGAAAGGUCAUCAACUACGUAUAUUAUCGCGGACAUCGAUCAGUGCCGUUCAGACUAUCAAACUCAAUUAGAAAAAUUAAGAAUAAUUGCAGUUUAUUUUUGAUAUGUAAAAAUACGAUUUUAGCGAUCGCAGAGGUAAGUUCGAAUCGAUCGAACGGCUUAUUAAGGAAAAAGAAAAAAAGGGACCUAGGUUCGCGAGUCACUUUCUCACCGGAAAAUAAUAAAAACUGUCAAUAAAAGGGCCAGAUAUGUCGAUAUUAAUACCGGAUCUGCCGGUCAUUCCUAGCUGACGGCCGCCCGCGUUAUAUGCGAAAUGCCGUUUCGUUGCUCUACAUAUCCGUCGAAGAGGGACUCGGGAUAUUAUCCAACGAAUCACACGUAAAAUCACUCGACAAUUGAUCCGCGCCAACAACUGACGUCCCGCGUUUCUCGCUCCCGGAGGCAGGAGGGAAGAAAUAAAAAAUAAAAAAUAAAAGAGAGAAGGAGAAGGCCGAAUCGAGGGACGGAAAAUUGUUCCGCGUGAUAUUACGAAUUCCUUCGCGGAGAAUCGCUCGAUCGGGCUGCCCUUAAAGUUCGGGCCGCUCGAUCUCGCGGAAGUGAAAUUCCCGCGCUCCCGUACUCCGUUUCUUGACUCGUCUGAUUUUCAUUCCUCCGGACCUACGACGACGCUGCUCGUCUGCAUUCCGGACUCACGGCUCCGCGUUUUUCCUGGCGGAGAAAAAAAAAAGAGAACGACAAACCAGCUUUAAGGGACGGAUUCCAUUCCCUUCUGUCGAUCGAUAGCUUAACGAACCGAACCGGAUGUCGUCUCGUUGAUAUUAUCCUACGGCGCGCUGAAACGAGGUCGUCCUCGCGUGUAUACGUUGUAUACCACUUAUACGUAGUUGUGUAUUACUCGGCUACUACGAUUGUUAGGCGUGCUUCACUUCGCUUCAUCUAGGUAAUUAUCGUCAUUGUCGUCGUACACGGCAGCACGUUUUCGCAGCCGCUAAGCCGAACACGGUAAACGGUGUCCUCAGUCCCCCUCACGUUCUGACCGUCUCUCGCCCGAAUACGCCAAUCCUUCAUCCCCGAAAACUCACGCGACGCGUUUCUAACGUUUGCCGUGUUCGGAAGAACGCUCUUUAAUUUUUUGCGCGUACAUCAAGGGAAAGGAGGAUACGUCCAGCUUACGCUGACGUUCAGCCCUUCCCCCCCCGUCCCGACGACAGAAAGGAACGGCAGUCCCUCGCGCCGACCUUACGGCGCAACCCUUUUUUACGAGGACCUUGUUUAUUAAAUUAUAAUAUAUGCCGUAUUUAAACGUAGCGUGUAACGUGUUUAAUAAUGAUCGUUAAUAAUCCGCCUGAGAGAGAGAGAACAUUCCUAAGUGUAAAUUGUAUAUAAGAUUUUCUAUAUUCAGAGAUAUAUCCCGAUACCAAAGUGUAUACAUACGUACCUAUUACUAUUAUUAUUAUUACUAUUAUUAUUAUUAUUAUUAUUAUUAGAGGAUUAUUAGUCGGAGGUGGUUUAUUGCGGGGGGCGUAUGCUCUUCUCGAUUCCAACGAGACGCGAUGCGGUGAAAAGAAAAAAAAGGGGGGAGAAGAGCGCAUUCGCGCGCCGCUACUUUCUAAAUCACUUGUUAUCAAAUUGGUCGAUCGAUUACGAGCCACACGUAGUAUUAUCCCGUAAUUAUAGGGAGUACCAGUUAGUAGAAUAGGAUAUAUUAUAUAUAUUAAAUAGGAACACACACACACACACACACACACACACACACACAUACAUCAUACAUACACGUACACGCGCACACAAAGAAGCACACACUACAUCAAUUACACAAAUGUAUAUCGCGCAGACUUCGGCACAAAGGUCUACACGUACGUACUGUCGGCUUUAUAUAGGAAAAGUGCGAAAAAGCGUCGUUUUCUAAUGGUUACGCUUAGCUGUUGAAAUUGAAUUGUUUUAUCUGCUGGUUGAGGGAAAUCAAGGUGGAGGAAACGUAGACUAGCGUAUCGCUGUUUCGAAAUGUACGUACGUAGGUCUAAGGGAACGCGACGGUUUAUCUUAUCGAGUCCAACCACUUUCUUGCAGUUUUCUCGCGUUUUAAUAUUAGAAGAAGAGUGAGAAGGACAGAGAGAACGGAAAGGAAUGGACCGAUGUAGAUUUAUGUGAACCAAGUAGGUAGAUUGUAUAUGUGCACAGAGUGUCUUCUCUUCCGAUUCCUGGACUCUCGCGACUAACGCAAGGUCGAUUUCUCUUUAACGAAGACGCGAUCGCGACGAUCGACGAAUGUAUUUAAAAAAUAUGAUACCUGAAAAAAUUGGGCGUUUGCAUUUGGAGGAAAAAAAGGAACGAGUAGUAAAAUAUGUAUGUCGGAUAAACUGCUCGGGCAAUUAACUCGCGAUGAUGGAACGUUGCCAGAAGGCAAAAGGCGCAGCUGCCGAUCGAAACUUCCUCUAAAGACAGAUCGAUCAACGAACCUUCGUCGAAGCAUUCGUGGUCCAGCGUAAAUCGUCCGGCACACUCUGCGUGUAGGUACACAGAAUAGAUUCAGAUUCAACAGAAUCUCGUCGAGAUAGAGGUAUUACAAAAUUGAGCUUCGAAAAAAGAUGGCAAGGAGAAGGGAAGGGUAUGUCUAUGAGGAGCGAAUAAACGUAUAUUUAAACACGGACACGGUAUCCUCUUAAUUUUUGGGGCCAAUUGGUGUUACGACAGGGAGGAUGCACACGUACGCGCGCAAGGGUGGCUUUUCGCGUCUCCGCGAGACUUUUCAUUGUCAUUUUUUUAUUAACGUACGUUCGUUACGUUACCAUCGCCGCGUCGCGUCGUGCGGAUUUCGUCGUGAUCGAAUCGCCGAAAUCGAGCGGAAUUGUCGGUACGUGCUAGCACGAACAAAAAAUUCAAUCAAUUUAUUGGAAACUUUUGUAUUUUCUCGAAAAACGUCUCGCACCUCUUCGCAGCAAGGACUGUGUUAUAUAAUUCAGCCGAAAGUUCUCUCGCGUGAGAAGCGAUUGAAGCAUUAUAAAAUGCCACGUACAUCGAGAUUAGGAAUUCUCUUGUUAUAACGAGGUAACGAGGAUAAUGACGAAGUGUGAUCCGUCGAAAGCCGGUAUAAAUACACACACGACACACACACACAUAUAUACAUAUAUAUAGACACACGACAAGCAUCAGGUAACGAAACGAAACACAACGCAUCGCGAUUGCGACAGUAGCCGAAGUAUAAGGAUCUCGAGUGAUAUUAAAACGCUUUCGUUGACGCAAUGCGAUUUCAACGAUAUCGAAUCUGAUGCUGCGUUAUCGGGGAGUUUUGCGGUACGGUAUCUCGAAUACGGUAAACGCCGAAAAAGCUGCGAGUCGUUGCAGCGACUUUUUAUUACCGUUACACCAUUGAUCCUCGUUAAUUAUUAUUGUAAAUGUUGUCAUGAAAAAUUAUUGUUCUGUAAAUAAUGAUUUCGAUCGCUGUAUAUAUAUUAAUUUUAUUAAUAUUAUAUAUGUACAAUAAUUAUCGCUUGGGUCAUAUCAAUAAAAAAAGCGGAGCGAUUGCUCUUAGUAGCAAAGGUAAAAGUAAAUCUUUCAAUUUUUGCUUUUAGUAAAUAAAAAAAAAUAUUUGCUUUAUAUCUUAAGGUUGCUUGUAAUAAAGGGCGGCAAAUUUAUAAGAAAAAAUAUUUGCUCCAUUUUAUUUAUAUGAUCCCUUAUUAUCUGACGCGAUAUCAGCGUUUAGCGUAUUCCAAAGACAAAUUGCGAAAGGUCUCCUCCAUUAUCAGCGUGAUAGUUAAAUACGUACUUCCAAAUGAAAUAAAAAAAAAAAAAAAAUUCCGGCCCGAAGCGUCGUUCGACAAGUGCGUUGCGCAUUUUCUGCCGUCGUUUGCAGGCACGGACUCCUCCUAAAUUCUCUUCGCACAAAUAACAAAGUAACGACGACAAAGUAGUCAAGUAACUUACGACGGACCAUAUCAAUUAGAGAGAUGGUAAGGAGAGUGGAGCGGAUUCACCAGAAGUCUGCCAUUUUUAGGGUAAUUUUUAGGGUAACAGCGGAAUGUCCAGAGUAAAUGACGAAUGACGGAGAUACAAACACGAAUACGCAAAUGACAUACACUUACACAUAUACAAAUGGCGAAAAUAAUCCGAAAAAUGGUAGAACCAAUCAGAGCAGGGAACACUGUCCGCUCCACCCUUUUUAUAGUCUCUCUAGUAUCAAUGAAUCAUAUCAACCAACAAAAAAAAAAAAAGAGCGAGAGAAAUAGGAAGGAAAGGGAGAUAUCGAAUCCGAGAUUGUGAAUCCGUGGCGAGUGAGGCGGUGAGUGUUUGACAUGUGCUUUUAAAUGCAACGAGCUCUCCUUGUACAAAAGUAUCGCUAAUUUUAAGCGGUCGUUCUUGCUGCUAACUUGCGUUACGUUCGUCGAGGGAAAUUCGUAUUGUCCAUGGCUUUUUAUCAAUCGUAUAUCACGUAUAGACGCGUAUUUAAAUUUCAAUUCAACUUUCUCGAACGAGACGUUGCUUUUCGCUUUUAAUACAAAUCGUAUCUAUUCGACAUUUUUAUGUAUAAAGGUUCUUGAAUUAAUUUUAUACGCAUUAAAUCUUCCAUCGUAUCGCGAAGUACAUGGACGCAAGAGGAUAUAAAUUCGCGCAGCAAUUAGACACAUUCAGAAGUACGAAUUCGCCUCGACGCACAUUUGCUUAGACUUAAGCUUGCUAUAAGUAAUUAAUUAUUUGUUAAAGCAACUUUUCUUGAUCUUCGUUAAUCACACGACGAAACGGCAUACAACGCUUUAUAGCAAAUUGCUUGCCCGAUGUAAAACCGAGACGUGCGAAUAAAUGUAUAAAAGUAAUAGAAACACGAAUGAUUAUAGAGGAAAAUCGCGUGUGGAACGAAUCUUGAUGAUUUAAGCAGAGAUUAUUCGAAACCUUUCGGACCUGAAAGCUGCUGCUGAUGAUGCUGCUGCUGCUGCUGCUACUGCUGUUGCUGCUGCUGCUGCUGAACUGAGUGACGCGAUUAAGAUGACACAAAUUUCUAUUGUAUUUAUUAAGUAAGAAUUUUAUUUUGAAAAAUCUAUUAUUUAAAUUUUCUUACGAAAAUAAAAAUAUUUAAGCUGUCUUGCCAGAAUCGCGAUUGUAUAAUUGUUUAAAUCGCAAAUCGAGGAGAGAUCUAGAUCAUUGCAUUUGUAUUUCUCCCGUCAGACAUCACUGUGUGAUCCAAAACUAUUUAAUCAUUGAUCGAAAUGCUCAAUUAAAACUCCAAGUGUCACAUUUAUUCUACUUUAAGAUUACAUCCGUGGCGGAUCUUAAACUUUUUUCCUAUCAAUCUCGCGACGUCAUUGAGAUUAGAAUCCAACGGUCCGAAAGGUUUCCGCUGAACCGCAAACGGGCAAGCGUUCGGUGGUGUGAAAAGUUCCUUCACGCGUUCAGGACACGUGCGAGAAUGAGGCGAAGAAGAAAAAACGCGCGUUCCCACUCUCUAUACACGCUAAAUACACACGUUCCACACAAUUAUUGCGAGAGUGCACGUAGAGAAUGGCGCAAAGGGUGUCUAAUUAUCUAUUUAAAUAAGCGACCAAUACACGCUGAGGUAAAUAGGCUUGUUAUUGCGACAAAUUUGCUCAUUCAUUAUCAACCGAAGAAUCGUUAAUCAGCUACGAAUCUGUACUCGUGAGAAUUAAAUGAUCUUGAUUCUUGGCAACUCGCUCGUUUUCAUCGAAUUCUCCUGCUCACGUCCUCGUCACUUGACUCCUGCGAAAAACUCGCGAAUUCGACACAAUUGUGCGACGUAAAAUUAUUAUUUUUACAUUUAUUAGUUCAACAUUGAGCAAAAUUGCUCACAUAUUUUAGGCUUGAAUCUUUUUCGUUUAAUGUAGAAAAAUGUACAAACCACUGAUUACAAUAGUUUGAAAAGUAUAAUUUUGUGGAUUGGACGUUUCUUGCAUAAUGGCUUGCAAUUUACUCUGAUUUCUUUGUUAUUUUAAUUUUGUCGAUAGAAAUUUUGAAAAAAUCUAAAUCUGAAAAAUAGGAAUGAAAUAUUUUGAUUAAUCUUCCUGCAACGAAUUAAUUUAUUUCUCGUACGUCUUAAUCGAUCUGAUCUUCUAAAAAUAUAAUGAGAAAUUGAAGAUAAAAUACAUAGAGAAGAGAUAGAUAGAGAAGGAGAAACUUUUUCGACUUUUCGAAAAUUGCUUCUAUCUGCGUGUUGACGUUGGGCGUUUGCUUGACUUUUAUUCACACGAGCCAUUAAUCCACCGCUUGAUUCGCGGCGUCGCGUGUCGCGGCGAGGCGAUGUAACGCUGAAAAAUGAGAUAAAAUCAUACGCCAGUGAGUAUCCACGAUACACGGGUAUCCGCAAUACCCUCCGCGACGCGAGGUUCCUCUGGUUCCUCGUCUCGCGGUAGGAGUGGCGACAAGAGCAAACACGACGGAACCAAUCGCCGAGGAAGGGUGGUCCAGCCGCUGUUUGUCUUCUCGACCCUCCUCCGCACCGGGGAUGCCGCGGAAUCGCGCGGAAGAGCCUAAACGUCCCGUACAUCCGCCGCUCCGCGGCCAAUCGAACCGGACCGUCGUCGCCAAGCCGGAAGAAACGAGAGAUCCCGCCGGCCGCGGCGAUUAGAACGCUCCGAACGCGCUCUGCUUCUCUUUUCGCUUUUCGCUUUUCGCGCAGUUCCGAAUUAACAAUCGCCAACAACUCGCGCGCGCUCAAUAUCUUACCACGUGCCAAUCUCUCGCUCUCGAAGACUGUCAAAGUCUUCCGUUGGUAUCUCGUUGCACAAUUAUAUCCUAAUAAUUAUAUCAGUAUAAUAAAUAUUUAUUAUUUUUAUAAUUGUCAACUCAAGUAUCAAUUUUCAACGUACCGGUUUAUUAAGAAGAAAAAAAAAGAAAGGAACCUCACGUGCAUUUGGAAGGAAUUAAAAAUCGCAACGCACGGAUGUUCGCUGCUCAAGUUCUUCUCGAGCGAUCGGCGGAGACGUGCGCGAGUAAAUAAACAGGACAAUUGCUGAAUCCUCUUUUCUUUACAACGAUUCUACAACGAGAUUCGUGCGGAGCGAUAUGGACGGCUGAGUAAAUAGGAGAAAAAGGAAAAAAACAAUCGACUCUGAUUUCGUGCGGCCGCGGCGUGUGGGACGCUUCUACUGGCCACUACCACCAUGCUACGUGGCGGCAAGGGCAAAACCCGGUCGGAGAACAACGAAAACAACGAGGGAACGGAUGGGAAACAGCGGAGGCCAAAGUGCGCCCGUUGCCGGAACCACGGCCUCAUCUCGUGGCUACGGGGUCACAAGCGAGAGUGUCGUUAUCGGGAAUGCCUGUGCCCGAAAUGCUCCCUGAUCGCCGAACGGCAGCGAGUGAUGGCCGCGCAGGUUGCUUUGAAGAGACAGCAGGCAGCCGAAGACGCUAUUGCUCUUAAAAUGGCAAAGGUGGCCACCGGACAGAAGCUCGAUCGACUUCCGCCGGGCAAGAUCUUCGGAAUGUCCGUGACGGAGCCGAAAUCGACGGAACAUAAUGAAGAUGCGACUGCCGCCGCGAAGAAACUCGACGGAACUUCCGAGGAUUCAAAGGAUCCUUCACGCGUGUCAACCAACGAUUCUUUACCCACUCGAGUUCAAAUCUGUUCCGACAGCUCUCAGGACACCUCUUCGAGAUCCAGAAGUCUUCUCUUCGACGCCGGCAAGCUGGAGAGCGCCAGAGAAACCACCCUGGUAUCUCAGACCUCCGUGGAGACUCUAGCCCGCCUAUUUCCAAACACCAAGCUGUCAGUCCUACAACUGGUGCUGCAACGUUGCGGUCAAGAUCUGCUCAAGGCAAUCGAGUACUUUGCGAGCGACAGUCUAGGCAUCGCCGAGCCAGCGAUGUCGAGUAUCGGCCACGCGUCCUCGGCUUUCCGGCCACCGCAGACGAUCGUCGAUAGUGGCUCGGGGGAACAACAGCAACAACCGAUUCCCGGCGCGAUGCUGGCGCCGAUCUAUACCAGUCUAUCCAGGAACGUCUAUGGCGACGCGGGUUAUUGCCUACUGAACAUUGUGCCGACUGAACCGUUUGCCAAGGGAAGCGAUCUGCCGAUCGCGAAGACGGCGGCUGAUCAGGAGACCGUCGCUUUGAAUUUUCGCUACAAUAAUUACUUUACCUCCGGCAUGCAACAGCAACUGCGAGAUGCGCACAUGUGUGCCCAAGUGGCGGCGGAUCGACUGUCGGCCGCCAGAUCGGCAGGCAUACUGCAUCAUCUGCCCCCCGCCGUACUACCGAGCAUCCCUUGUGUACAGCCUAAUUGCACACAGUGCAACUACAAAUUCACCUGAAUAUAAUUUUUCAGAAGGUA